AUGGAACUGGAUUUCGGUACCAUUGCACCGCGCCUGCGUACUAUGGGCCUUCAUAUAACCAUCCAGGAACAGAAUAUGAUAGAUGCCGCAUUUCCCUGGUUGCUUCACGAAUUUUCUCUGGAGCACGUGCAAUAUUUUGGGAAGAUACACACCUUGCUUCCAGAUCCAUAUUUAAUUGUUAGAGGGUUCAGGGAGGCCGUGGCAAUUCCGGUUUUCUUGGUUUCCAUAAAUGGAGUUGAUUGGAUAGAGCUCCCUCUUGUUGAUGAAAAGGUCUUGGAAGCCCUUGAUGCCAUAGGCUACGGGCUCACGUGCCAAAGACCUUUUACAGGAAAGUUAAUGGAGCUGCUUCCUAGACCGGAGGAAGAAGAGGAGGAAGAAGAACAAGAGGAGCAGGAAGAGCAGGAGGAACAGGGGGAGGACCAAGGUGAAGAAGGAGAAGAGACUACUCCAAUCAAAAAGGAACCAAAGCCAAAGAAAGAAAAGCCUAUUAAGCCUACCGAGGCACAUAGACUCAGUGUCUGCAUAAAUGAAAUCCAGGCUCACUUACAGUUGAUCAUACCAGCAGCAUACUCUAAGAGAGGAUCUCAGCCUGCCCGCAAUGCAACAUUUCGGGGCCUCACAGCGGCAAGCAGCAAGAGCAUUGCUAUUAAAAGUGAGUAUCUGGCCUUCCUGGAAUCGGGCUACAGGGGGACAAUAGAGGAUUGCCCAACAAUUGCAGACUAUCCGAACAGCUUCAUCUACCCGAGUACAUUCGAUCCAAUAACAAACUGCCUCAUAGUUUCAAGCCGUUUUUGGCCUGGAUGCAUUUACUAUGUCUUCGCGCGUACACUUAUCUGGGGAUCGGCAUAUGAAGGGACAGGAUUGAUGAAUUGCAACGUACACUUAGAAAUGUAG